AUGGCGGUCGACAUGGAGUCCUCGCUCCGUGUCGUCUCCAUCCCCGUUGACACCGGCGCUUUGUUCUGGCGUCGGGUUGUUUUCGUCAACGGCCGCUCUGUUCCCGCGAAGCCUCAACAUGGUUUGCCUCGCAGCAUGUCUGAUCGAGGCCGCUUGCCCGCUCCGCCGGUGGGCGGAGGCUCCCCCGUCUCUCGACGACCGUCGACGUCGCCUCGCCGCUCGGUCAAUCCUGGCCAGGCCUCGGCCCCCGGUUGGUCCCCUGCCAUGGGCUACGAUCCGGCCAAAGCGGCGUCGAAGGGGGCCAAGGAAAACACUCGCGUAGAGCUGCCUCCGGAUGCCUACCUAAAGGACACGGCAAUGUCGAUGUUUACCCUCCGCAACAACAAGUUCAAUUCGGAGGGAAAACCCAUCAAGGUGGACGUCAAUCAGUACCGCAUGAAGUCGUUUGACUUCGCCAAGAAAGUGUAUCAAUACGAUAUCGCCAUCUCGCCAGACGUUGACAAGAAGGCGGCGGUUGUGCUUGGCAAGAUUUGGGCCCACGAGACAACAAAGCGAGCCCUUGCCAACUACAACUAUCCCAUGUGGAUCUUCGACGGCAGGAAGCUUGCCUGGGCUGCCGUCUUGGUCGACGGGGGUGAGCUUCGCUUCCGCGUCGACUUGGACGAAGGCAGGCGCCCUCCGGGUGCCGCUCGUCGCGAUGGCGCCUUGUUUCACGUUAAGAUUCGGCGCACGACCGAGGUCAACAUGGCCGCCCUCCAGCUCUACCUUCAGCAGAAGUGCUCCUUCGAUGCGGCGGUACAGGCGGCCAUGAACUUCAUCGACCACCUCGUUCGUCAGUUCCCUUCCCAGAACAUGGUAAUGAUCAAGAGAAACUUCUAUGAGGACGGCGAACGAGGCAUCACCCUCGCCGGCGCUGGCGGCACUAUUGUCGUCCACAAGGGAGUCUACGCCUCGGUCCGCCUCAGCCACAACCUCGCCCAGGGAGGCAUCGGCCUUGCGCUCAAUGCCGACGUGGCCAACACUUGCUUCUGGAUGGCGCCCGAGACGGUGGACAAGGUCAUGAUGCGGUUCCUCGCCGCUUGCGAUGCCUCUCGUUGGGGCCGAGCCAACCCGGCCGCGAUGGCUCGGGAGUUUUGGGCCGUAAAGCACCGCGGCGGCGCUUGGGAGUCAUCCGACGCCUUCAAGCAGCUCCGCAAGCUCCGCCGGCUGCGGUUCAAGAUCGACCACGCAGGCCGACAGGAUAAAGACAAGGUCUAUACAAUCAAAGACUUCGCCUUUGACCAGAAGUACGGCGAGGAAGGAGCGACGGCCAAGAAUGUCAAGUUCGACUAUGAGGGCAGCCCAACGUCGGUGGCCGACUAUUAUGCCCAGCGCUACAAAGUCUGGCUGAAGAACCCAAACCUGCCGCUCAUCGACGCCGGCAAGGCUGGCUUUAUUCCCAUGGAGUAUGCGGUGCUGCAGCCGAUGCAGCGGUACCCCUUGAAGCUUAACCCCGAACAGACGGCGGCUAUGAUCAAGGUGGCCGUGACGCGCCCAGACGUUCGCAAGGCCGACAUUGUAAAGCACGUCGCCAAGCUUCGGCAGCAGCAAGAUCCGUACCUCGCCGCGUACGGCGUCAGGUUCGACAUCGGCUUCACCCGGACGGACGCCCGCCUCAUCAACCCGCCUCGGGUCGACUUCGGACAGGGCAGCGCGGACCCCAAGUUCUCGGGUCGCUGGGACCUGCGCGGAAAGAAAUUUUUCACGCAGAACCAGGCUCCGCUCCAGAGCUGGGCGUUUGUGGCCAUGGACGCUUGCGUCGAAUUUCCGUCGCUCCAGCAGUUCGCCAGGACUUUUCGCGAAACGUUCCUCGGCCACGGCGGCAAGUGUCCGGCCGAGGCCCUGCUGCUCAACCUGCCCGCUGGCGUGAGACAUGACGCCGCUGACGCCGUGGCCUGGGCUCACGACCAGAUGGUGCAGCAACGCGGAUACCCGCAGCUGCUCUUCGUCGUCGUCGCCCACAAGAACAGCCCGCACUACGUGCGGCUCAAGAAGUCGGCCGACUGCCGGUUCGGCAUUCUGUCGCAGGUUGUCAACGGCGAGGCCGUGAGGCGAAACAGUGGCCAGUACCACUCGAACGUCUGCCUGAAGGUGAACGCGAAGCUCGGCGGCGCCACCUCACGCACCCUGCCCCCCUGGAAGAUGCAGAAGACGUACUUCCCGAAGGAACGGCCGACGAUGAUGGUCGGCGUCGACGUGUCGCAUGCCGUGCCUGGCGGCAACGCGCCCUCGACAGCCGCCAUGACGAUGAGCGUCGACCGCGACGCGACGCGGUACGCAGCCAUGGUAGAGAACAACGGAUACCGCCAGGAAAUUUUGCUGCCGGCCAACGUGCACUUCCUCUUCGGCCAGCUCGUGAAGCAUUGGCAGGUUGGGCACGACGGUCAGUUCCCCAGGCACGUCAUCUACUUUCGAGAUGGCGUCGCGGAAGGCCAGUUUGCCCAGGUGCUGGAUCAGGAGAUUUCGGAGAUAAAGGCCUUCCUCCGCAACGCCGCACCCAAGAGGGAGCUGCCCAAGUUCACCGUCGUCAUUGCCACGAAGCGACACCACAUCCGAUUGUUCCCGGAGCGUGGUGACAAGAAUGGAAAUGCUCUGCCCGGCACCGUCGUCGAGAGGGAGGUGACGCACCCGUUCAUGUGGGACUUUUACCUGUGCUCGCACGUGGCGAUCCAAGGAACCGCCCGCCCCGUUCACUAUCACGUCAUCCUCGACGAGAUGAAUGUGCCUGUCAACGACUUUCAAAGAAUGAUUUACCACCAGUGCUACUCGUACGCGCGAUCGACAACGCCCGUCUCCUUGCAUCCCGCCGUCUACUAUGCUCACCUCGCGGGCAACCGCGCACGCUGCCACGAGAACGUUGCCUCGAGCGAAGGCUUCCGCGUCGGCGCCAAGGGUCACGAAAUGAUUCGGGACAAGGUCGCCAAGGGUGUCACAAUCGGCAGCAUGCCUCGGCCAGGUGACGAGGCGCCUCCGUUGCUCAGCCUGGGUGGCAAGCCCGCCAGUGGCAAGGCCCCGGCCGAUGGAGAAGUGCGCCAGCGUGACUUCUUCCGCAGCACCAUGUGGUACAUCUAG